AAGCUAGAAAAAGUCCAAAAGAGAAUCUCCAACCCCUCACCCAUUCACAUUCCUCACAGUCGCAUACCAACUUCCCACUCUUCACCCACAUUCCUUCCUAUAAGACACAAGCACAGACACCCAUAUUAGUAUAUUACUCUCUCUGUUUGUGUGUGCCAUGGCCGUGUGCUCCGCCAAAACUCUGUUCCUCGUCUUCCUCCUCUCAGCGAUACCCAUCGCCUACCUCAUCUCACUGGAGCUCGCGAAGCCCUCAACCCACGUCUACCGCUACCACAGCUCCGGCUGGUUCCGCGAGUGCGCCAAGUGGGACGAUCUCAACCGUCGAUUCCUCGUCUCCUUCCUCGAGGGUGGUGUGGGCCAGGUCUCUGUCCCUGACCAGGACUCCGCCGAUACCGUCCUCGAGGAGGUCACGCUCGUCAAGGACGUUGACUUGGCCGGAAACGCGUCCCUCGGGCUCCUCGUUGAUGGGCCGAGAAACCGGUGCCUGGUGGCCGUCUCCGAUGUAAUUGGGAACCGGUACAAUGCGCUGGCCGCCUAUGAUUUGUCCACGUGGAAGCGCUUGUUUCUCACCCACCUCGUUGGUCCAAGUGAUGAGAAAUCUUUUGCGGAUGAUAUAGCAGUGGAUGCAGAAGGUAAUGCAUAUGUUACUGAUGCAAAAGCUAAUAAACUAUGGAAAGUUGGGGUUGAUGGGAAGUUCAUAUCAGUGAUUAGAAGCCCACUUUUCACUCCAAAGGAGUGGUACAAAACCAUUGUUGGACUCAAUGGAAUUGUUUACCAUCCGGAUGGUUUUCUGAUUGUAAUUCAUACAUUCAGUGGUAGUUUGUUUAAGAUUGAUAUAUCGAAGGGAGACGAAGUUAAGGUAAUAGAUGUCGUCGGGGGGCCGCUGACAUUUGGAGAUGGUUUGGAGUUGAUCUCUGCAACUAAGCUUGUAGUUGCAGGGAACCCUUCUGGGAGAUUGGUGGAGAGCUCCGAUGGGUGGAAGACGGCUUCUGUUGUGGCAAAAUUCUCUGGGCCAAGGCAUCGUUUGGCCACAGCAGCAACCGUGAAGGAUGGGAGGGUGUAUCUCAGUCACUUGCUCGGUAUGGGAUACCCUAAGAAGCAGCAUGCUAUUAUCGAGGCUGUCUUUUCUGCUUGAAAUGGGAAGAUUGAAGCCGUUUAAUAUCAAAAAUAGAUGUAGGAGUAUUGUGUUGUUUUCGGAUUUUUGGAUUUUUGAAUCUAUCAGUAAUUAACAUUUUUCUGUUUUUU